AUGUCAAAAACAAACGUAAAGAGUUUAUCAGAAACUCAAAUAAAAAAUAGAAUAACAUUAUUAGAAAAAAGAAAGGAAAAUAGAAAAAAUGUUAGACUUUUCUUUCAUCCAAUAAAGACGAUCAAGUAUUUCCUUAUUGUGAUUAAGGAUAUGAUUGCAUCAUCGUUAUCUUUCUUCAAGGAGAGACCAAAGACAUUGUUUUUCAGUAGUCUAUUGAUUUCACUCUCGAUUCUGGCGAUCUAUGCACCCGGUGAACACCAAAAUUACAUUGGAAAAUACAGUGAGUUCAUUUCGAUCUGUUUGUGGUGGGUAGGUCUCGGUGUAUUGUCGUCAGUCGGUUUGGGUACUGGUCUGCAUACUUUUGUACUGUACUUGGGACCACAUAUCGCCAAGGUCACACUGGCUGCCUCCGAAUGGCAAUCAGUAGACUUCCUUCAGUACGGUCCAAACAGCUUUGUCAACCCGAACGCCCCGCAAGCCGGUGGUGUCACAUUCUGGCAGAUUCUCAACUCGAUUCAGUUGGCUGCAUUGAUGUGGGGUGCCGGAACUGCGAUCGGUGAGUUACCACCCUACUUUGUAGCGAGAACCGCUCGUAUCAAAGGAUUGAAGCUCGAACAAGAGGAAGCCAAGAAAGGAAUCAAGAAGGAGGAAAAGCAAGAGAAACAAAGUCUCAUUCAAAGAAUGACAGCUGCUAUUCCAGCUAUGAUUGGAAAUAUGGGUUUCUUUGGUAUUUUAGCUUUUGCAUCUAUUCCAAAUCCAUUGUUUGAUUUGGCAGGUAUUACAUGUGGUCACUGUUUGGUACCAUUCUGGAAAUUCUUUGGUGCAACUUUGAUUGGAAAAGCCGUUAUUAAGGCACAUAUUCAAGCUUGCUUUGUAAUUUUAGCAUUCAAUAUGGAAACUCUCACCAAGGUUGUUACACUCAUCGAAAAUUAUAUUCCAUGGUCAAAAGGAAAGAUUCAACCAAUUCUCGAAAAGGAAAGAGAUAGAUUAAAUUCAUCGUCGAACCUCAACAAAAAUGCACCAAAAAGCUUUGUCGGUGUCAUCUGGGAUUGUGUAUUGGCAUGCAUGAUUUUCUACUUUUUAAUCUCCAUCAUUGAUUCGAGCGUACAAGAAUAUCUUAUCGAAAAAGAUAACAAGAAAAUUGAAGAGUUGGAGGCAGCUCUCAAGAAGAACGAAUCAAAGAAAGAUAAAUAG